AUGCCGGGGCCCGGCUUUAUACCAAACCGGAGAGCCUUCGUAUGGAGGUAUUUCGAAGACCUUGAAACUCCGUCGCGAGACCGUUGCAAGUGCAAGCUGUGCCGCAAAGAAGUGACGUGCAAGAAUGGUGGGACAACUAACCCCAAAGAUCACCUGCGAGUGUGGCACGCUGUUGAGUAUGCAGAAGUUCAGAAGAAUGACCGGCAGAAGAAACUGGAUAGCUUAGGCUUACCCGCGAGUAAUCAAGAUCAAGACGACUCUGAUCCUGAUGCCGAUUUUAGUGUUACGUCGCCCGGUUCUAGCAACACUACCGAGAGGCCAGAGUCGGCCGCCUCCGACCGGUCCAGUUCCACUCUUAGUCUCAGAAGUCCAACACCGGAGCAAACACCAUCAAAAUCAGCACAAAAAACUUUGGUUCAGCCUAAGCUUGACUCUUUCACACCACUUUCAAAGAAACAGAAGGAAAAGUGUGACAUGGCAGUCACACAUUACAUUGUUUCUUGCAUGCGACCGCUCAGCACGGUGGACAAGCCUGGCUUUCGACUGCUCGUCCGUUCACUCAACCCACGCUACGAGCCACCCUCCCGCCGCACUCUCACUGCCCAGCAUCUGCCCAAAAUGUACGAGGAGACAAAGAAGACCGUCAAGGCGUUGCUGGAUGCAUCGGACUACCGCGCCUUCACCACGGACGCCUGGACGUCGGAGGCCCAUGACGGGUACUUGUCCCUCACGGCGCAUUUCCUCGACGCCGAGUGGGCCCUGAUCGACGUGACCUUGAACUGCCGGCUGAUGACAGAGGACCACACGGGUGAUUAUAUUGGUAGGCUCCUCAAAGGCAUGCUAGAGGAAUGGAACAUUGAACUGAGCACGGUGUCAGCAUUCACAACUGACAAUGGUGAAGAUAUGCGAGUCGGCGUCGAGCGGGCCGGAGUUACACGACAUGUGCGAUGUUUCGCACAUACCGUGAACAACGGUAUCACAACGUUUGUUGCUAACUGCAAAGUUUUGAGGCAAGCCAUUCGUAAGACACAUGAGGUGCGCAACUGGUUUGCAUCGGACAAAGUGUGGCGGCACUACGUGGAGUAUGUGAAGGAGACGUAUAAUGAAACACCAAACAGAAUCCCUUCACCGUGCAAAACCCGGUGGUGGAAUCCCUUCACCGUGCAAAACCCGGUGGUGGGUUGA